AUGGAUAUCCCUAUACUUGCCCCAUCGUCUCGAGAUCACGAAACCGUCGACAAGCUACAUGACCUGGAAGAGCGAGAUCGUCGAAAGGUGCGGUCCAAGGUGUUCAAUGUGCGAGAUACAACCACGACAUGGCGAAGCUGGACUGUACGCGAGAACAUUUACAAGAAGAACAGGAAUGGAUUGCCAACACAGGCGAGAGGCUUGUUUACAUUGGACGAUGUGAAUGCUCAGUAUUCGAUUGUGGUGCGAGGCUAUGAUAAGUUUUUCAACUUGCAUGAAACGGAUAGUACACAGUGGCCUAGUCUAAAGUCUGAUACAAAAGGUCCAUACUAUGCAACAGCCAAGGAGAAUGGAUGUAUUAUCUUUAUCGGUGCCCUGAAUGCAUCAACCGCGGUGGUCACUUCCAAACACACGCUCCCAAUACCACAAGAUGAUCCUACCAUGCAUGGCGGUGUGGGUUAUCGGUGGCUGCUACGACAUCUCGAAUCCGUCAAUCUCAAAGAAAGCGACCUGGCUGCGUGGAUUUACAAGCACAAAGUGACUUUGGUGGCAGAGCUAUGUGAUGAUCAAUUCGAAGAACAUGUGCUACGAUACGAUCCCAAAGAGAGUGGUCUUUAUUUGCAUGGCAUCAACUACAACACGUCUUCACUGCGCACUUUGGAAUUUGAAAAGGUCCAGGAAAUCGCACGUCAUUUUGGAUUCAGGAGCAUUGAUUAUGACAAGUAUGACACCUUGGAUGAAGUCAAGGCAUUGGCGGAUCAAAUUGAGGAAUCAGGCAAAUACAAAAACAGAGACAUUGAAGGCAUUGUUAUCCGAUGCAAGCGAGACGACAAGGAUUUCUUUUUCAAGAUCAAAAAUGACCACUAUUUGUUGUUCCGCGAGUACAGAGAGAUCACCAAGAGCAUGAUUGAUGUGAAGGAUGGCCAAGUAUCAUUGAAAAAGGAUGGCAAAUCUCCUCGUUGCAGCUAUGAAAAGUCCGUAUAUUAUGUCCAGUGGUUGCAAAUGCAGAUCAAGGAACAUCCAGAGUGGUUCAAGGAGUACAAGAACAAUAAGGGUAUUCUUGAUGUCAGGGAGCGUUUCGAAAAGUUCUGGGAUUCCGGAGAAUUGCACAUGUUGAAAGGAGGAGACCCCAUUGAUAUCAUUGACAAGUCAAAGAGAGAUGCUUGGAAAUAG